UCUUUCGGCUCGGAGGAGGGUUCGGUGCAACUCGCUUCGGUCGUCCCGCAUCUGGGUUCAUCCGACACCAGCCGCCUCCGCCAUGCCGCCCAAGUUCGACCCCAACGAGAUCAAAGUCGUGUACUUGAGGUGCACCGGUGGGGAAGUCGGUGCCACCUCCGCGCUGGCCCCCAAGAUCGGCCCCCUGGGCUUGUCUCCAAAGAAGGUUGGUGAUGACAUUGCCAAGGCAACCGGUGACUGGAAGGGCUUGAGGAUUACUGUGAAGCUGACCAUCCAGAACAGACAGGCCCAGAUUGAAGUCGUGCCUUCUGCCUCUGCCCUCAUCAUCAAAGCCCUCAAGGAGCCACCCAGGGAUAGAAAGAAGCAGAAAAACAUUAAGCACAGUGGUAACGUCACUUUCGAUGAGAUCGUCGGCAUCGCGCGCCAGAUGCGGCACCGAUCUUUGGCCAGAGAACUCUCUGGGACUAUUAAAGAGAUCCUGGGGACCGCCCAGUCUGUGGGCUGCAAUGUUGACGGGCGCCACCCUCAUGAUAUCAUAGAUGACAUCAACAGUGGGGCCGUGGAGUGCCCAGCAAGUUAAGAACUGAAAAAGAAAACAAUAAAGACUCAUUUAAUAACCAGCAG